AUGGCCCUCACCCGGCAGCAUGUUCUCCUCGCUGGCUUCGGAGGUUUUGUUUCCUGGGGCUUACUUGUCAACUGGCUCCCCUUCGCGCGGUAUCUUGGGUAUGCUUUCAUUGCUGGCGCUCUAGUAGCCUGGCUUUGCGUUAUCAGCGUAAUUAUAUUGACGGUCAGGACGGACAUCGACGAUACCGAUAAGCGCUCAGCUGCCCCGAACUUGCGCUUUCUAACGCCCGAUAACUGGUCGAGAGAUGUGGAAGUUUACCGGAAAUCUACCAAUUAUGAACCGAGAUCCUUAUAUCCGCAGUCAUUCGUGGUGUCGGAGGCUCUUGAUGAGCUCCUCCAACUAGCCUCACGAGAUUUUAUUCAAUCAUGGUAUGGGAACAUAACCAAAAAUCUCACGUUCGUUCAUGAGAUAGACAAGGCCCUGCGCAUAGCUCUUGAAAAUAUUCGUGACAGACUCUUGGGCGAAGAUGUGACGUCUCUCGUUGUGUCCCGCAUCGUGCCAAUUUUGACAGCCCAUAUUAAGGAUUUCGAUCGCGCUGAAAGGGCUGUUCGAGGCCGGAAUUUGGCUCGGAGUGUGACAGAAUCCGAAGAAUUGGGACUUGCAAUUGCCAGUAAAUACCGCGAGGGGAGGCUUCAUCCAGCUGUAGCGGUUUCUCUUUCGGAUCAGAAGGUUAUACAGCAAGAUUAUGUUCGCAAGCUCGUAAUGGGGCUGCUCCCACGACUCCUGCCCGAAAGUCUACUAACAAGUCGCGCGGUCUCUGUUCUCAUAAGAGAGAUCGUAGCAUGUUCUGUGCUUCUUCCUGUCAUUUCGGCUCUUUCCGACCCAGAUACCUGGAACCAAUUGCUGGAGACUUAUGGCCAGACUGCAUUGAACGACAGAAAGACAGUACGGAAACUCCGAGCGGCUCUUGACAAGCAUGCGUCGGGGGCAUCUAAACCGAAAGGGUCUCCUUCCUUCCCCCGAAUUUCACCAAACGACUCCGAACGAGCGUUCGAGCGUUUUGUCAGGGCUAUCAGGCGUUGUAAUAAUCUUUCCGAUGCCAGGCAGUUUCGUGCUCAGGUUGCAAGUCAAUUGAAGCGAGAGAGCAUGGUUGAAGGCCAAGACCAGGUUUAUAUCAGGCGCCUUGAGACAGGAAAGCGGGUUUUGGAUCAGAAAGUCGCAAAGCUGGCAGCCAGUGGUAGCAUUCGCCGGCCCAUACCAUCGAAACCUGAUUACAGACGAGACAGCGUGCCAAACAACAAAGAUGUUUUAUUGGUGGAUUUGAUGCACAACGCCUCUGGCUUGUCAUAUUUUAUGGAAUUCAUGGAUCGCCAGCAUAGAAUGUCCCUUGUGCAGUUCUGGAUAGUGGUGGAUGGGUUUCGCAAUCCUUUAGAAGAUGACUUUGGUGACGAGACUUCCAUCUCUUCAUCGGUCUGGACGUCCGCUGAUGUGAAUGAUAUGGUGCUUAUUAACGAAACAUAUCUCUCAAAACCCGAGUUGAAUGUACCGCAGGAAUGUCGGGAGCUUGUAAAGGUCUUUUUGAAGGCUGGCAAAAGGGCAACUCCUGAACAGUACCGGAGAGCCCGGACCGCCAUAUUGAUGACCCAAUCAACCGUUUUGGAGGAGAUGGAAAAUACUUAUUACCCCAAAUUCAGAGAGUCGGAUCUUUUCUACAAAUACCUUGCAUCGGAUGAGGCGUCAAUGGCGUCGGCUGGACCAGAAGUCCCGCUCCGUUCUUCAACUCCUGCGCCCGAGCAGGUCGAAAGACGACCGCUCCCACCACUUAUGAGCCGAACCCAGUCCCAGCCUAUUAUGCACAACACCAAAGACCUUCGCAGAGCUGCUGUUUUUAACGAUGUGCAAGGCAAUGGCAAAUUAUUCGACGAUAACGGAUCUUCACCCAGACAAUCUUUAGAUUCAGAGAGAUCGGCGCCACUGUUCGAUGACGACUAUGAUACUGAUCCUCUAUCGCACAGUUUCAGCGUUGGCUCUUACAACGAAGACACCGAUGCAAAGAAUACCAGAGUUAUUGAGAAUAUGGAGCAAGCGCUCAAUGACAUUAUCAUAGACCAACCCACUAAGAGGAAAUCAAACGAGUCGAAGAUGACUAGUGCUGUUUCCUCGUCAUCCUUAUUUCCUGAAAAUGAACAGAGCUCGGCACGAAGCUCCUUAGAUAUUGUUAGAACUGAAGCACGGCAGAUCGAAAAAACUAAGCCAAGCAUCUCCUCUCUCGGAUUGAUCGAGCCCUCUUUGUUGCGAACGGGUGUGUUCGAAGAUGAAUUGUUUCCCGAUGAGAAGAAGUUUAUUGAGGACGAGUACGCUGAUCCAGAAGGGGACGACAAAGACCCCGCAGACGAGAUUCAUCAGGCGGCUCCGGGCGAUCUGGGCCUCGCAGAGGCCAUUGUUGCACUCACUGAGGACAUUGAGAAAUUAGCCGCGCAGGAGUCGGUUUUAGAUACGUUAACACGAAAGGCUGAGCUCACGAAUAACACGGCAGAGCUGCGAAUCCUAGGCAAGUCUAAAGCAAGUAUCCAGCGGGAGAUUCGCCGCAAGGAAAUGCAAAAGCAGCAAUACGUCAUCCAGGAGAGUGACAACAGUCUUUAUGGUCGGUCCACGGUCCAUAUUCAGUCUAUCAUGGUUGGCAAGGAUGAGGACGGAGGGGAAUUCGCAAUUUAUGUAAUCGAGGUGCGUCGAAAGGCUGGAGAACAGAUGCCUGCAGCAUCCUGGGCUGUGCCACGCCGAUAUAGCGAGUUUCACGAGCUUCACCAAAACUUGCGCAUACGGUACCCGUCUGUACGGCAGCUAGAGUUCCCCCGCAGGCGCAUGAUGAUGAAGUUACAGAAAGACUUCCUUCAAAAGAGACGUGCUGCACUAGAAGCAUACUUACAACAGUUACUCCUAUUACCUGAAGUAUGUCGGAGCCGAGAUUUGCGGGCUUUUCUGUCGCAACAAGCUCUUCUACCUCAUGGGGCAAUGGCCUCUGAGAGCGAGACCAAAGAUAUUGUAAGUCGAAUAUACAAUUCAGUAGCUGAUGGCAUGGAUGACUUUUUGGGCAAUAUUACAAUGCUGGACCAACUUUCUACUGCCGGUCAGAAUCUUAUCUCCGCUGCUACGAACCAACUCACAGGCCCAGAGCCAGCACUCGCUACGGAAGACUCUAUGACCGCGGCAGAGGCGGAAGCUGAACUGAACGCAUUUGAAAACCGCGAACUGGAGCCAUUUAUUAAACCCAUCUGCGAUCUCUUCUUAGAGGCAUUUGAGCUGAAUCGCGGGAACAACUGGCUUCGUGGCCGCGCGGUUGUGGUGGUUCUCCAUCAGCUACUUGGUGGAACUAUAGAGCGGAAAGUCCGCGAUAGUGCUAAAUCGCUUGUGCAAGAUGAGUCCUUGCUCCGGUACAUAUCUAUCGCAAAGGACACUUUGUGGCCUGGCGGCGUGUUGAAAAAAUUUGUACUCCGCACGCCAUCACAGAAGUCCAAAUCACGAAACGAAGCCAGCUUCAUGCUGGCAGCUCUCGUUCCUGACUUGGCGGGCAAUGUUGUCGGCAGAGCCAACGCCCAAGCAGCAGCCCGGAAAAUAUUCGAUAUUCUCAAUAAUCCGCGAUUGAAUACUCAUCUGAUCUUCACCAUCCUGGAUGAAUUGGUCCUGGUUUUGUUCGCCGGACCUUGCCGUGCUAUUUAUCUCUGUCUCUUUCUCGGUCAUCGCAGACCACCUUAUCAGAAGCCCCCUAGCGUCUUGCACCAGCAGAUUUCUCUCAGACUUUCGCACAGCUCCUUGAGCAGGAUGAGGUCGCAACGCCGCUUGAGGCUCUAUGUAGUCACUGUCGUUGCUAUUCUGCUUACUCUCGCUUAUUUCACGACAGAUUCUGGCGGAGGGAUACAAAACCGUCCCUUUUAUAAAUCCACCGUGACUGCUAUGAAUAAUGCUCACGCCGAAACCGCGAAGAAAAAUGAUGCAGCAGCAAAGGACCGAUCUCAUAUCCAGAGACUUGAUCUUGAUAACAAUAGUAAUGGCGGCGGGGCACGAAAACAAAGCAACUUGAACAAUGACAAGCAAGAGAAAAUUGCUGCCUUUGGUUCGAACAAGGUUGUGAAUAAUAAUGACUACGACGGAACAUCCGCAGAUGGACAAACCAAAAUGUCAAUCCCGAAGCCGAAGGAAGAAGAUAAAGUCCACGUUCAUGUCACUGAGGAGAAACUGGAAAAUUCGGAAACUACUAAAGACGAAAGUGUAAGUGCUAGCGUAAGCGAGCAUGAACACGACACCCUGAGCCAGGAGGAGCAAGAGGAGCAGGCUAGAAAAGAAGAGCAAGCUAGAAAAGAGGAGGAGGCUAAGAAGGAACAAGAGGCUAGCGAAGAGCUUGAUUCGAUCUUGAAACGAUCCCCGAUCAUCGUAUUCUCUAAAUCGUACUGUCCCUUCAGCAAGAAAGCAAAACAUAUUCUUAGCCAAUACUCCAUUGUGCCAGCUCCAUAUAUUGUUGAAUUGGAUCAACAUCCGCUCGGACCUCAUCUGCAGAGACUCCUAGGCACAAUUACGGGUCGUCGCACAGUGCCAAACGUCAUGAUAAAUGGACUCAGUAUCGGAGGAGGCGACGACAUUGCAGCUCUUGACAAGGAAGAUGCCCUCAUCUCGAAAAUCAAGUCAACCGCAGGCAAGAGCGUCAUGGAGAUCAAGCACUUGCCUAAACCGGAACAGGAGUAA